CGGUCGCACGGUUUUCCGCCAGUCAUCGUGAAAAAUAUUCGGCGCGCCAUUUCUGUGUUUGCGCUUCCAAACAUCCAGCAAUAAACUAAACAAAACUCGAUAACAGCAAAUUGUUGUGUUGAACGGGCAACCAUUCGACGCCGGCGCCCACAGAAACAAUAUACAAAUACAUAGGCACACAGCAGAAAAUACGCACUCGAGUUGCACACAUUUGCUCAAUUCGCGAGCAGAAAUUUGACGAUUAGCGAAUAUAGUUUAAACAGUCGGAGACGGAUCAUCAUCAUCAGCAAGAAGAAUCGAAAUGUUCGGCGGCGCUAAACCCUCAUUCGGAGCGGGAGCCGGCGCUACAGGCUUUGGCGCCUUCAGCAACACCGCCGCAGCAACACCCUUCGGCCAGUCGGCCUUUGGGAAGCCAGCGACGCCAGCGUUUGGAGGGACGCCCGCCUUUGGCGCCCAGCCAGCCCAGCCCUCGAUGUUUGGAAGUGCGGCAGCACCGAAUCAAACCACUGGCGGACUCUUUGGCAGUGCAACAACAACAAGCGCUUUUGGCAGCACAACAGCGGCGCCCACAUCAUUUGGAGCAUUUUCGCAGGCACCGCAGCAGACUUCAAGUAUAUUUGGAUCGACGCAGGCGGCGCCAAACACGUCGCUCUUUGGUCAGACCGCAACGAGCGCCUUUGGAGCCGCCAAGCCCACAACUCUGGGCAUGACCAGUUUUGGACAGACGCCGGCGGCGCAGCCACUCUUUGGUCAACAGCAGACAGUGGCUUCAAGUGCCUCGGGCUUUGGUAGCUUUGGCCAAACGGCGCCGACAACAACAAAUGUAUUUGGCAGCGGUGCCGCCUCGGCAUUUGGCCAACCCCAGGCGGUAACUGUGGGUGCGGCUGGUGGCGUCAAUGCGGGCACCUCGCUGGUCAAAUAUCAGCCCACCAUUGGCACGGACACACUGAUGAAGGGCGGCCAAACAAACAAUGUGAACACCAAGCAGCAUUGCAUCACUGCGAUGAAGGAAUACGAGCUGAAAUCACUGGAGGAAUUGCGCCUGGAGGAUUACAUGAGUGGCCGCAAGGGUCCACAGGCGGGCAGUGCGCCGGGUGCCUUUGGUUUUGGUAGUCCCACUGCCGGCACACAGGCCACGGCGGGUGGCGGACUCUUUGGAUCGCCGUCACAGCAACAGCAGCAGCACAGCGCCGGACUCUUCGGCCAGACGGGCCAGGAGAACAAGAGCUUAUUUGGCAGCUCGGCCUUUGGCCAGCAGGCACCAGGCAGCGCUUUCGGUGCACCCGCCCAACAGAAUAACUUUAUGCAGAAGCCUUUCGGUGCGGCUCCAACGAGCGCCUUUGGCACCACCACAACCGAUGCAGCCAAUCCAUUUGGCGCCAAGCCUGUCGGAUUUGGCCAAACGGGUAGCAAUAUGUUUGGUCAGGCGACGGCAACAAAUGCUGCGCCUGCCUUUGGCCAGACAACAACCACUUUUGGUGGCUUUGGCAGCACGGCUGGGCCUACUGCUCAGCAGACGCCGCUGUUUGGCGCCACAAAUCCAACGGAUCCUAAUAAGCCAGCCUUUGGACUGGGCACCGCUGCGUCCACUGCGCAGCCGGGCUUUGGUGGUUUCGGUUCGACGGCAACGAGCACCGCUGGUGGCGGUCUCUUUGGCUCAAAGCCGGCGACGAGCUUUGCGGCGCCCGCUUUUGGGGCCAGCUCCACGGCAAACACAGCCUUCGGCAACUUUACGCUGAGCAACAGCAAUGCUCCGGGCGCCGGCGGUGGUCUGUUCAACACCAACUUGAAUAAGCCGCCAACAUCGGCGUUUGGUGGCUUUGGCACCACUUCAUCGGCACCGCUCAACUUCAAUGCCAGCAACACGGGCAACUCCAUCUUCAGCAGUGCCGCCAAGCCGGGCGGUCUAUUUGGGGGUGGCAACACCACUCUCGGUACCGGCACUGGUGCUGCACCAACGGGUGGCGGUCUUUUUGGGGCCGGUGGCGCAAAUGGUGGAUUUGGCAGCACUUUGGGUGGCAGUUUUGGCAGCCUCGGCGGCGGCAAUACGGCUCUCUCUGGCCUCGGAUUGGGUGCAUCUCCCGCCCAGGGCGUUGUUGUGGUACCCAUCCAUCAGCAGAUCCUAUCGAAGGUGACAUCGCCAUAUGGCGAUACGCCAAUCUUCAGGGAUCUGAAGCGCAACGAAGAGGUGGACGCCACGCGUGCCACAAAUCCCGUGGCACAGCAGGCAAUGAUCGAUAUGAACAGUCAUCAUUACAAGAUCACCGAGAAGGAGGGUCCGGCCGGCAUUCGGGUGAAGGCGCUGGUCAGCGCCCGCAACACCAAGUCCAUGUUCGAUGGUCUCGAGGAGUUUGAUGCCAGUGUCGAGGGCUUCAGUCUCAAGCCGAAUGCUAAGCGGCUGGUCAUCAAACCCAGACCGAAGACAACCACCACGAGCGAGCCGAGUAGCAUCCAACAUCAAGGCAAUAGCGGCAGCGGCAGUCCUGCUCCUGCAGCAGUGCGUCCUCCGACCAAGUCAUACAACGGCAUCACACCAAACGAACCGGUGCCAAUCAGUGUCACCAACAGCUCCCCGGUGGCCAAUCGAGCUGAUGCGGAUAGCAGUCGUCGCGAAUCCUGGUUGCAUCCCAACAACUUGGCCAAGGUGCGUCAGCACAAUCUGCAAUCGGGCAUGGAUCAGUCGCCCCUAAAUAGCACCGUGACGGAUCUGGUGCCACGCAAGCCACUGGAAACGUAUAAGAAUGCGGCGCCGGCCGCACGCCUCUCAGUGUCCACCAUACCGGAGAAUCCGUUCGAGGAUCAGGCCAGCAGCAUUGCGCGUCGCGACACAUUCAUUUCGGAGCACGGCAACGAGAGCAGUCUCUCGAUACGCUCCAACGACUCGGAGCAGCAGCAGCAGCGUCUGGCCAUUGAACCGGCCGCAGAUGCGGAUCCCAAUCCGGAUGCUGACACAGAGCCACAUCCGACGGGCAUUGUGCUGCGCCGCGUUGGCUACUACACCAUACCGCAACUGGACGAUCUCAAGUCCUAUCUGGCCGAGGAUGGCUCCUGUGUGGUCCCCGAUUUCACAGUUGGUCGCGAAGGCUACGGCAACGUUUACUUUGGCAAGGAACUGGACGUAGCCGGUCUCAAUCUGGAUGAAAUAGUACAUUUUCGCAACAAGGAGGUCAUCAUUUAUCCGGACGAUGAUAAUAAGCCGCCCAUUGGCAGCGGCUUGAAUCGAGAGGCUCAGGUCACGCUGGAUCAGGUGUGGCCCGUGGACAAGACGAAGCAUGAGGCGAUUAAGGAUCCACAGCGUCUGCUCGAAAUGGACUGGGAGGCGAAAUUGCGUCGCGUUUGCGAUAAGAAUGCGACACGUUUCAUUGAGUUCCGGCCGGAGACGGGCAGCUGGGUGUUUCGCGUCAAGCACUUCUCCAAAUACGGACUGGCCGAUAGCGAUGAGGAAGACGACGAGAUACCCACCGAUCCCAAGAAGGCCAAAAUGGGUGCCAUGGAGGCCACCACUUCCACCGAUAAAAUGACUUUGACAUCGCUGCGCAAAGCGCAAAAGAUCUCCGAGGAGGCCGGUCGGACCAUGGAUCCAAAGUCAUUGGAUGUUGUCUGCGUUGCCGGCGGCUUUCGACCCAUGGACACCUCCGCUGAGUUCCUCAUGAUGGACAAGACACAAUUCUUUCAAGCCGGCGGCGGCACCGAUUUCUCCAUGUUUGAUGCACCACGUCCCGUGGCCGCCAGUCCCCCGGCUGCGCUGUCCCACGAAUUUAUGGGCAGUGAGCCGCAUAAGAUGCAGCUGAUGAAAUCAUCCCUGUUUGUGGAGGACAAUGGCAGUGACGAUGAGCUGGAUUCGUUUCCGCUGCGUGGAAGACGGCAACAGCAGCAGCAAAAGCUGCGCACACAUAACUUAUUCGGGCAGGAUACGCAGAUGUGGAAGGAUGCUGUCGCCUCGGAGAACUCCAGUGAAUAUGGACGUCAGUCGCCACUGUUGGCCGUAUCCUCGUCGAACUCCGUGAACAGCAUAAUCCGCGAACUGCAAUCCGAGACAUCAUCGGUGGCAGCUGAGAGUGUUAAUCCGGCCGAAAAGAAUGCUCAGCCAACGCAGCUAUUGGGUGCCCUAAAGGCCUUCAACGUUGUGAUAAAACCACGUGUGGCACCCGAAAAAGUAUUCGCCUCUGUUGUGCCACUGUCCCGUUCCAUUGCCCAUGGCCUCUACAACGGCUGGAUAGCGGAUCUGGGCUUCUACAAGGGGCGUAGUUUCAAGCUCAGCUUUGGGCCACAGAACACACUGAUGGUGCCCAACACCUUCAACAAUCUGUGCAGUUUGCGGGAGUCCGGCAAAGCCACGCCCGCAGCGAUCGCCUUUGAGGCACGCGUCGCCAAUGAUUACUCGCCCAAUUUGAUGCAGCGACUCCAAUUCAAUACAGUCGAUAAAUAUGAGCAUUUUGGCGAUACUAUUUUACCGCAUCUGGAGGUGCAGCUGCAGGACUGCAGCAUCCGCCAAGUGGAGGGCAGCAACUGUCCCUGGCUGCAGUCGAACAAUGGGACCCAGCUGAUUGCCAAGCAUCUUGCCGCUGCCAUUAGGCUGAGCAAAGCAAGCAGCAUGGAUGCUUAUGGAGUCUCCGUGUGGUCGCUGAUGAUUUCGCUGUGGGGCGAGCACGAGGAGCUGGUCGGGCAGGACUCCAGCUCCCAUUUUGUGGUCAUGUGUCGGCGCAAUCUGCUGUCAGAGUGGCUGGAAAAUGCGCUCGUCAGCAAGGAUUUGCUCUCAAAGAAGGUCGCCAACAAUAGCUAUCUGGCUCAUAUGCUGGACUUGUUGUCCUGCCACCGUGUGACCGAAGCUUGCGAAUUGGCCUUUAAAUACGACGAUGCCAAUUUGGCACUGAUCCUAGCUCAGCUCAGCUCUGGCGCCGUGGUGCGCAUGCUCAUGGAGGAGCAACUAUUUGCGUGGCAGCAGAGCAAAUCGGACAAAUACAUUAGCCUGGAGCGCAUCAAAAUGUUCAUGCUUGCCGCGGGAGUUCCACAGAUGCAGUCGUCCCAUGGUGCCAUCAAUCUACUAGAGGACUGCAGCUGGCUGACCGUAUUGGCCCUCCAGCUGUGGUACUUGACAGCACCCACCUCGAGCAUAACUGAUGCACUGUUGGAGUACGACAAGUCUUUCCAGGCCGAGGAAAGCUAUGCGGAUCCACCCAAGCCCAACUACAAAGCCAAGCAGCCGUACAAGAGCCAGCAGUCCAUCUAUGAUCUGCGCUACCAUCUCCUCCAGCUCUACUCAAAGCGUGGCCAUUCCUUGGAGCAAACCUUGAAUCCAAUCACACACACCUCAGAUCCAAUGGAUUUUCGCCUAAGCUGGAUGCUACUGCAAACGUUGGAGGCGCUUGGCUAUCAUCAUUGCACUCCGUUGGCCGAGGCGCAACUGCACGUGGACUUUGCCAGCCAGCUGGAGAACGAAGACCUCUGGCAGUGGGCAAUAUUUGUGCAGCUGCACAUUAAGGAUCGCAAUCAGCGGGAACGCGCCGUGCAGCACACACUCCAGCAACAUGUCAGCGUUUCUGCUGAGACUCUGACUGCGGAGGAGGAAUUCAUCAUCGAACAGCUGGGCGUGCCCGAGUCAUGGGUGGACUACGCCAAGGCGGUUAAGGCCGGCUCCAUGGGACGCCGUCACGCUCAGGCCAAGUAUCUGCUGAAGGCGAAGCAUUGGGUGCAAGCACACGAGAUAAUCUUCCAGUAUAUCGCACCAGAUGCCAUCAUAAAUAACAACCUGGAGUAUUUGAACAGUUUACUCAGUCAGUUUGAGUGCACGGACGAUGGUGGUGUUAAGGUGCCAAAUUGGACAAAUCAGGGUCAGAUAUUUCUCGACUUCAUCGACAUCAGUGCCAAGUUCGGGCAGAUACAUAACGUCACAAGCAAUUCGGAAAUGCUGGCGCGCUGGGAGAACCUCAAGCCACAGCUCAGUGAGAUCUGCUCACGCAUCAGCCUUCUGCCGUGCCCCACAUCCAAGCAUCGUCUGUGCCAGACUGAGAUAUCCAAGUGCCUGACCUGUCUGGUGCAUGGCAUACGCAUUGUGUGGGAGGAGUUCGAUUCCUGUUAUGUCAUAGAAAUGGCCUUAGACCGGCUGCCCAUGCCACAGGAGUUUAUUACCAAAGAGCAUAGCAACCUGCUCGAAGAAUUUAUGCAGAAUAUGCUGAAUCAUCAGUCACAGGAAUCGGAAUCCAAAUCAGAGCCAGCACCACGCAUGAUUAUACAAAAUUAAAUUAACAUGAUCAAUCCAUAGGAAACUAAGCAAAAGUCAACGAUGAGCGGUGAGCGAUGAGCGAUUAGCGAUGUGUAGUUUAGCUGCCAAUUUAAUUUAGGUUUAUUAAUUAUAGGAAAUAAGCAUUAGUUCAUUAUCUAUAUAUUGUCUAUCUAUCUAUCAAGUGUUUCAAAUAUUAAAUAUUACGUAUUCU